CUUCCUUUACGAUCCCUCUCCGUACAGUGGACAACAUCACAGUUAUGAUUAAACUGAGACCUGGUGUUUCAGCAAGCUGUCAAAUUCGUGUUAAAAAUUUAAUCAGGUCUGAACUCAAGAUAAAGCCUGGGGAGAACGUGACUUUUACUUUCACCUGUAGUACUCCAGAGAAGUAUUUCAUAAUGGAAAUUCGGAAAAAUAUUGACUGUGUGUCAGGCCCGUGUCCUUUUGGAGAUGUUCAUCUUUACCCAGUGGGGCUACCUCGCCUUAAUAGGACUUUCAUCUGGGAUGUGAAGGCGAGUACAAAGGCUGGACUUGAACUAAAAUUUUCUAGCCCGUGGCUAAGACAGAUUGAACCGGGAGAGACGUGCCCAGAUUUCAUUAGCUACAACAUCAACAGCUGUAUCGAUAUGGCCACGGUCAACAUUGGCACCUUCUGCAGGAACGGCUCAGUGUCGCGCGUCAAGCUGCUGGGAGGAGUCGUCAUGUCUCUGCACCUCCCGUGGGACUCAUCGCUCACCACUUCGGGCUUCAGCAUAGCUAACAGGGCUUCCAUAAAACGCUUAUGCAUUAUUGAAUCCAUUUUGAAGGGGGAGUCUUCAAUCACCCUGAUGUCCCCAAACUACCCACUGGGCUUUCCAGAAGAUGAGCUCAUGACGUGGCAGUUUGUGGUUCCUUCCAACAUGAGAGCAAGCGUCUUUUUCCACAACUACAGCCUCUCCAACUGCGAAAGGAAAGAGGAGAGGGUGGAGUACUACAUCCCUGGCUCCCUCAGCAACCCCGAGGUGUUCAAACUGAGCGACAGCCAGCCUGCCAAUAUUGCUGGCAGUUUCAACCUCUCCCUUCAGGGCUGCGAUCAGGAUGCUCAGAACCCGGGCAUCCUCCGCUUGCUCUUCCAAGUUGUUGUUCAGCACCCACAGGUCAAUGAGA